UCCCUGACCACCCUGGCGCCAGCAGUGUGCCUGCAACAGCAAGGUGGAGGUGUCAGUGUGCCUCCCAGCGUGGCCGAGUGAAGUACAUCUGCGUUUGGAAGCACUGAGGUAGACUCUGUGAGAGCAUCCAAUUCCGAAAGCGUUUAAUCCCUGAUACAAUAGUUACCUCAUAAAUCGCUCAGAAUACAGUAGACGUGAAUCUUGCACGGAUACAAGGAGGCAGGAUUCUAGACAUCUGUGAGUGCAAGAAAACAUUUUAAGAGACGCCGAGGAACAAAGAACUGACAUUCUCGACAAGUGUAUGGGUUAAAAUCUAUACUGCUCGGAUAUAUUUCUGAAGAAAAAGUUUGUGAAAUUUGAGGGGUCAGGAUACCUGUUGAUGCUCCGCCGUGACCUCCGCUGGUCCGUGUGACCCCCGCUGGCCCGUGUGACCCCCGCUGGCCCGUGUGACCCCCGCUGGCAGAGAUUGGCACGGGCUGGCACUGGUCAAGACCUGCAGACACCACACUGUAGCAGACGGCGUCGAGGGCGGAGGCCAUGAGGAAAGAGUGGACAUGGGCGUGGGCGGCGGUGGUGUGGGCGUCCACUGGUCUCCUGGUGCCCCCGGUGACGACGGCCGCCUUCAUCGACGUUGGCGUCCCUUACCUGAACGUGUCGUCGAGUGCUGAGCGGCGCUGGUGGCCGGGCUCACGGGGGCUCUCCAACACCCGCCACCACCGGGAUAUGAAGAUCAAGUGGAGAUUCAACUUUGGGCGAGACCCCAUCGAGUUGGCAGGUCUUCCCGAGGGCGAUAUCCUCCCGCCCCCAGACAGGAGUGACGCGCUGGACCAGAAGGAGGCGCAGGAGAAGAACGCGGUGAUAGACCGGGUGCGACUAUGGCCGGGCGGUGUGGUGUACUACGAGUUCUCCAUAGAGUUCAUGUUGCUGCCCCUGGAGCGGCGGCUCAUCCGUCAGGUGAUGGAGGACAUCGCCAGCCACUCCUGCAUCCACUUCCGCGAGAGGACCUCAGAGCCUGAUUUCAUCAAGAUUAUCUUCGAUAGGCACAGAUGCUAUAGUCACAUUGGUCGUGUGGGUGGCGAGCAGUUGGUGUCACUGGGGAUAUUCUGUGUCAACUGGUGGAACUUGGGCACUGUCUACCACGAGCUCUUCCACACCCUGGGCUUCUAUCAUGAACACACCCGCCCCGACCGAGACAACUACGUCGAAGUCCUGUGGGAUAACAUCGCUAAGGGCCAGGUCGAUAACUUCCUCAAGCGAUCCUACAAUUCUGUUGAUCUUACCGAUAUGCCAUAUGAUUUAGACUCGGUGAUGCAUUACAGCCCCUUUGCCUUUGGCAAGUGGUCCUUCCUCACCCCCACCAUUAGAUCUCGACGCAGAGGCUACUAUUUCAUGAGGGCUGGAGAACCUUCCAAGGUUGAUUACAUGAAGCUGAAUCGACUGUACAGGUGCAAUCGAAUCGGUCGGUAUGUGUACUCCCGGCUGAGCAACACUGGAGAUGCUCCAUACCACGAAUCCUUUCGCCGAUCUGACUCUGGCCCCUACACGUUUGCACACAACCACAUCCCAACUUCCAUACCAUUACCCGAAAAAAUUCUAAAGCAGAAGAUGCCUGUCAAGUUAGAGCUACCAAGAACAAUCAUUCCAAAGGAUCCCCAACACAAGUCAAUCAUUAGGAAGCCUGUGGUACAUCAGUUUGGUACCAGCAAUACCAUGGUGUCACAGUUUGGUACCAGCAAUACCAUGGUGCCACAGUUUGGUACCAGCAAUACCAUGGUGCCACAGUUUGGUACCAGCAAUACCAUGGUGCCACAGUUUGCUACCAGCAAGCCCGUGGUGCCACAGACAAGUAAACAAAAAUCACAGAAAUGGAUACGCACACAAUCUCCCUUCGAUAUUAAAACAAAGGUGCUAAGAAGAGCAAAAUUAUUAUUUUGAAAGAAUAUACAACAAAAUAAACAGAUCUUGAUCCCAAAUUAUUCCAGAUAUACAGGAUUUACCCUGCUUCUUAGACAUUCAAGAAGCUAUAGAGCAUUAACUUUCUCAGAUGUGAGAUCAUAGAGGAAUGGAAAACAAGUGAUCAUGGAAAAACCCUUUAGUCUAAAUCUUCUCCAAGUAAACACUGAGAGGCAUACCUAUAAUGUUCCAGAGGCCAGUACAUCAUCUCUCACAGUGUUUGAAUGUGACUUAAAGAAGUCAUAAAAUUAGUUUAUCAUGGAAUUAAGUUCACACUCAUAGUAGAAGAAACAAUUUGACAAGGGUUUUCUCCAAAUGAUGGUCAUGAAGCAGUGAUGCUCAAGUUGUAGCUCGGUGUCCAUCGAGUGAUGGCUGCAAACCAGUGAAGCUCAAAGUUGUAGCUCGGAGCUUAUUGCACUCCUACAUGAGCUAUAAACUCUCUUCUCAAUUAAUCCUUGAAGUGUGAAAGAGUUUUACUUUGUGUUGAAAUAUGCAAAUGAUAAAAUGUGAAUAACAUACUGUAUUCAAAAGCACUGAAUCUUGUAAUAUUAAGUUGUCCAGAGUUUGUUGGCCAAUGUCACGCUGUUUAACCAUGUUAAGCAGUUACUCGUGCGACCUUGUAAAUAGUCUCUUGACCUCAAAAACAAGCAGUCUUACAUCCAUAUUCAACAAUGGAGAUAGAACUCCUAGACCACAGCCAGAGCGCAUGAGGGCAAUGUGUGAAACCUUGACUGGGAUUCAGUGGAAGCCUCGGGACCCCUAGAGGAUUCAAUUGAAUCCCAGGUUGCAUUGCUUUUAGCAUGUUGUGGUGAAGUGGUCCAAGGUGUGUGCUUGGCAGUACCUGGUGUGCAGGUUGGAAUCCUGCUCAUGGCUCUACUGAUUUUCUAAAUGCAGUACAUAAUUCCUAAAUAAAACUGAGUAUAUUACUCAUACAAGUUA